AUGCCAGCGGUCCUCGUUGUCUUCUUCGUCAUCGCCCUGGCCAUCUUUGGCCUAGAGACUGUGCCAGCACGGUCUAUGCGCGACGCGCCGUUGCUCUCGGUUCCCGCCUCCUCGGUUUCUGCUGUCUCGGUCUCUGGCUCUGGGUCCCUGGAUCCUUCAUUCGUCAACGCCCUGCCAUUGUCUGUGACGGGUACUCCCCCGCCACCGCCAUCAGUAUCCGUUGAGCCAUUCGAUCUGCCACCAGCAACUAUACUGGUGACAAUCAUCUCUCCGGUGUCGGUGUCGGUGUUGUCCGCCACAGUCACGGUGGUUUCGUUCUCCGUGAGCCUCGUUACAGCGACGGUCACAACAAUGCUAGUCACAACGCCGGCGCUGGCUUCUGAUCUGGUAGUCACUUCGGUGACUACUGUGACAACAACGACCAGCACCACAACCGGCGCUGUGAUCAGUGUGCCGUCGCCCACCACUACCGCGCCACCCUCGCCUUCCCCUCAUCAGAACCUCGCCGCCAUCCUAGCCGGCACUCUGGGUCCCCUCGCUCUGGUCGCCGCUAUUGUGUGCACAGUCUCCUUGGCUGUUAUCCGCCGCCGCCGUCGCGCGCGCAGUCAAGUUAACACCUCGACUGUCCGCGAUGGUUGGUACGGCUACAUUCAGGCUCGGUGUACAGCGUGCGGCGGUCCCAGUAGCGAGGGGAACCCAUCUUCGUACACGACGGUGGAGCUACCGCUGUGGCAGUCGCGUGUGUGUGCUCGAGCCCCUCAUGCCACUAACGUGGUCGUCGAGGAGGCUCGCAUAAGCUGUGACACCGAGCCGUUCCCACCGUUUAUGGAUGAAGAGGCAGAGCAGCAACGGCAGGAGCGGCGGGAGGUGAUGGAGGAGGAAAAGGAGGACGAGGAGGACGAGGAGGACGAGGAGGAGGUGAUGGAGGAGGAGAAGGAGGAAGAGGUGGAGGAGGAGGGCUGGAGUGUUGCUGAUUAUAGCAGCACUAGGAGCGGUGGUGCUGGUGGUGGUAGUGGCAGUGGCAGUGGCAGCGAGGCCGGGGUGUCAGAGACAGGCACCGUUGUUGUGCCUCGGCCUGAGGCCGUUGUUAUUGCUGGUGAUGCCGGUGGAAACGGUCUACGUCGUCGAGCUGGGUUGGAGAACCUGCGUGGUUAG